CCGCGGGGGGCAGCGGGGCUCCCUCCCUUCGGCUGGGCUCGCGGCGCUGAAAUAGGCCUUGUGGUGGGUGGGCAAAAUAAAGUUACGAGCGGAGGCGUGAGUUGUGCAAACAGCCUCAAAACCGUGCGCCUCUCACGCUGGGGUACGACCUGGGGCACGACCAAGGCUGCCCGCUCUGCUGGGUGGGUGACAACUCAGUCGCACCGGCUGCCCGACACCCAGAGCGUGCAUCUUCCCUUUGGAGCUAGGAAAAGCUACGUUCCUUCUUCUCAAACCAAAUCCUGCUUCCUAGGAAAAAGGGGGAAGAAAACCAGGGGAAACCUGGCUUAAGUAAGAGAAAAGGUAUCGAGUUAGCUAUUUUUAUACAGUGCUUUUUUUUUUUAAACUCGAGGAGCUUCAACUUGCCUAACAACAAGUUGAGGUUAUACUGGCUAAAAGUAAUUUGCUUUUCCCUGAGCAGCUAUUCUUAGAGUGUCCCAUCUUUGUGUCCUCUAAAACUUGUGGGAUCUCACUUACGGAGCACAAAAUGUGCGGUUUAUUUUGGGCUCUUGGAAGGGGGCUGGGUCCAGGCCCUGCCGCAAGCUGCUCUGGAGAAAAGCUGCUGCUCCAGCACCUCGCUCCUGCCUUUGCUGCAGGCUAAGGACCACAGGUUGGGGUGGUCCGCAGAGCUCUGUGCGGGCUCAUCUCUUGCCUGCGUAGAGUUAAAGCCUUUGUGUCCCAAUUUGAGUGUUAUAUGAUGGAACAGCAGUUUUGCCUCUGCUCUGUACCUGGGGUGAUGAGUUCAGUGUUAAUGCUGCGCUGCGGAAAAGUGCGCUUGAGCUCUGAGUGAACGGCACCAGAGGGGAAGGAGAAGCUGUAGAUCCAGAAGCUUUUAAAAGUAUUCACUGAACCCUGCUCAGGGAAAAGCAAGGAUGGCUUCUGUUAGUGGCCACGGGCAUCAUGCUGAAGGAGUUCACAAGUGGCGGCUUUGUGGUAGGAGAGCAUCCUAGGAGGCUGUGGUGACAGGAGGUGUCUGGAGAGGCAGUUUCCAGCCCCUUGUAAUGGUCCAAUUUAUGUAUUAACCCCUGAAAAGCAUCUGGGAACUUUGCCUGGAUUAUUGUCCUUAUAAAGGAAAGCUUUGGGUUGCAGGACAAUAAAGAAGCUGCCAGGCUGAAUUAAGCAAGCUGCCCAGUUAGUGCAGCGGCCUGGGUUUAAUCACCCAUCAGAAGGCACUGGAAUGACUGCAGCGAAUUGCCCUGCAGCUUUCUUGGCCUUGAAGGAAGCUUCUCUUGCUCAUUUGUGAUUUGUCCAUCUUGGGUUUUGAGGCCUGUGGAUCAACUGGCUUCAGAUUUAUCUGGUACUCAGAAUAUCCUUUUUUGUGUAGCUGGUACUAUUUUUUUUCCCCUUUUCCAAUCCUGUUAGGAUUUAGAGUAAGUAACACUGGGGAUGGGUGUAUUGUGGUAAGGUGGUGUCUCAAGCUGACAUGAGGCUUUUCUGAUUACAUUGCAAGGUGUCAAGAAAGAACAGACCUUCUCUGCAUGCUCCUUCCAUCCGUCCCUUGUUGCUCCCCCAAACUCCCACACUUUCUUAAUUAAUCUUGGAACUCUGCUUUCUCUCCGACACGAAGGCUCAUACGGCUGGGGUGGUCCCUUGUCCCAGGCAGCGGGUGCUGCUGUUGGAUUGCCUGAUGACCAUUGGUCUGUGCUGGGCUGCUGCUCUAAAAAUAAGAGGCUCCUUUGGUGAGGUCGUAACUGCGAAGCGCUGCCUUACAACGCCCUUGGUGCAGAGUUUCACAUACUGCAGCUAGGCCAAGACUGCGUAGGUCCCGUUGGAGUUACUCCUCCCCAGCCUUGUCUGGCCUGAAUGUUUUUGGCAAGAAAUUAACUACUACAUUGAGAAAAAGACGCUGAGCACAUCUGUGAUGGAAUCGUGUCAGCAUUUUAAAGCUAAUUUGGAUUAGAGGGAGGUGUGAAGUUAUCCUGAAAUACCUAUUGCACUUGCUGUUGGAUCAGUCUUAUUCUGGGAUAGGAAUGCUUGUUCCAAUUUAGCUUAAUCCUUUUUCAAAGCUAACUAAUCUAAACCAGGCCAAGGCACUCUUCUGGAACGUGCCAAAGUGCCGUUACUCAAAAGAAACCUGAUGUGCAGAGAAACUCGUCGUCCGUUCCUCUUUGUGAAUACGGUUGUGCUGCUCUGUACGGAAACCCUAUGGGGCUGUGGCUGGGUAGCACACUUCGGACUGUAGCAGCGCAAGCGGAGGACUCGCGGGGACAGCGUGACGGCGAAGAUGUCUCGCCCAGAAUCUCGCUAUUCCUUUGAUGUCCCAAACCCUUGCAUCAACUUUGCGACUCUGAGCGAUGACGAUACGCACAAUGCAGACUCCUGGUUUGACCAAAAAGCUAAUCUGGAGAAUGUCCCUCCUGCAGAAAAUCUGGCAAAAGUCUUGCAGAACAGCCCUGCUUUUUCAAAGCCUGGUGUUAUUCCCUGUGACAUGACAGAAGACAAAAUAACAACGACUGAAGGCCAUGGUGAAGAGGAUGGUGAAGCAGAAUGUGCGCAGGGCAACGUGGUUCCUCAGAAUAUUGUUGGAUCCCUGACAAGCUGGAGAGCUGCUGCUCCUGCAGGGGCCCCUGAAAGAGCGGGUAGAAGACGGGCCACAAAGCAGCGAAAAACCCAGCAACGCAAACAGCCAGCUAGAGUCAAAGUAGGGAGAAAUGCUAAUGCCUUGGUGGAUAAGGAAGAGGUUCCACCCCUGAAAAAAAUGAGAAUUUUUAGCAGCAGAGAGAAGCUGACAGAAGUAUCCACAAAGAGAGAGCCCCUGCAGAAUCCUGACCUCUCCCCAGGGAGAGGGAAAACCAAGCCUACCAUGCCCUCCACGCCAACAACGUUAAAGAGGACCAACCUUUCUGGCAAGCUGAAGAGCACAGAGGAGCAGGAGCUGGAAAAGAUGCAGCAGUUGCAGCGGGAGGUUAUGGAGCUGCGGAAGAAGAACGAGGAGUCUAUGAAAGCAGCUAUUGCUGGAGCAGGACAACCCAUGAAGAGAACUGCUUGUCAAGUAACAAAGCCAAUUGACUUCCACUUCUGCACUCAGAAUAGAAUUAAACAACAUGUGGAAAACCAGCCUGGGAACGAGUACAAGGAACUGGAUUUUGUGGCGGUACUGAGAAAGCAUCCUUCUUCUCCGGGGCGAAUGCCAAAGGGACCCACUGUCCCCAAGCCUUUCAAUCUGUCCCAAGGAAACAAAAGAAAACUCGAAGAAGCCACAUCAGAAUAUGUGUCCCUUGCUGAGCAGGUAGAAGCAUUCCAGAAACGCACACCCUCUCGUUACCAUCUGAGGAGCAGGAAAUCUGAUGAAGGCCCAGUUCCAGGAAAGUUGGUGAAGGCUCAGCUUACAAAUGCUAAAACACCAGUGCUUCUAACAAAGCAGCGCUUCAGACCCGUCACCUGCAAAACUACAGCAGAGUUAGAAGCUGAGGAAAUGGAGAAAAUUCAACAGUACAAAUUCAAAGCACGAGAACUCAAUCACAAAAUCUUUGAGGGUGGACCACUCCUGCCGAAGAAACCCAAUGUGAAGGAGCUCACACAACCCAUUGGCUUUGAGUUGGAAAUAGAAAAAAGAAUUCAGGAGCGUGAGAGUAAGAAGCAGCAGGUGGAAGAGCACUUUGAAUUCCAUUCCAGACCGUGUCCCACGAAAAUCCUGGAGGAUGUGGUGGGUGUUCCAGAGAAGAGAGUGCUUCCUGUUACAGUCCCCAAGUCUCCAGUCUUCACCUUGAAAAGCAGAACCCGAAUGCCUGGCAGAGAUGAAGAAAAGGAAAAAGAGGUGGUCCCCGUGAUCAAAGCUAACCCCAUGCCGCAUUACGGAGUGCCCUUCAAACCUAAAGUGGCAGAGCAGAGGCACGUGGAAGUUUGCCCCUUUUCUUUUGAUGCCCGCGACAGAGAGCGGCAAAUUCAAAAAGAGAAAAAAAUAGAAGAAUUGCAGAAGGAAGAGGUGCCAAAGUUCAAAGCGCUACCCCUGCCUUACUUUGACCAUGUUAAGCUGCCAGAAAAGAAAGUCAAAACCCCAACUCGGCCCGAACCAUUCAAUCUGCAGAUUGAUGAACGGGGAGCUGCCAAGCUCCAGAGCUGGAAGCAACAGCUGGAAGAAGACUUGAAAAGGCAGAAGGAGGCGGCGUGUUUUAAAGCUCGUCCCAACACAGUGGUGUACCAGGAGCCGUUUGUGCCUAAAAAGGAAAAUAAGCUGUUGUCAGAGAGCCUUUCUGGUUCCAUAGUUCCUGAAAACUUUGAGCUGGCAACAGAAAAAAGAGCUAAAGAGCGGCAAGAAUUUGAAAAACGAUUGGCAGAUAUAGAAGCCAUAAAGGAGAAGCAUCAAGAGCAGGUCAGACAGCAACAAGAGGAGCGUGAAAAGGAAGAAGUUGCUAAGCUCAGGCAAGAACUGGUUCACAAGGCAAACCCAAUACGCAGAUAUCGCAGCGUAGAAGUGAAGCCCAGUGACCAGCCACUGACUACGCCGAAGUCUCCCAACUUCUCAGACAGAUUCCGGUGCUGAUAUGCAACCAUGUGAUAGUAGGAGGGAGAUCCCAUCCCUCUCCACUCUUGAUAAGGAUAAACCCCGUUGUUUUUAUGUGACUGCUCAGUCUCAACUCCUAGACUUUGGUUCCGUUAUUGUUAUAUUGAGUAGCUUAAUGCCACCUGAUGCAGGUGGCUGAGGCACGGCGUACAGGCAGUGGCAUAUGGUCUCCACGGCCUCGCUUCACAUCUAGACAUCUUGUUUUCUACAGACUAAACUAGGUUUUGAUAUUGCAUACAAAUGUUGUGUACUUGAACUAAAUAAAACAUUCCUAAUCUGAUCGCUGUCUCUUGCUCGUGGGCCGAAUCCCUCUCCUGCAGAAGGCUGUUCGGUGACGGGCACUUGGUGAACAUACAGCAAUGAGCUGCCUCAUCUCUGUACGCCUAAGGAUGGUUUUUAAGUGUCUGUUUCUUAGGCUUUUACUUUGUAUUAAGCUUGAAUUGUGUUAAGCAACGUCAGGCUUCUGCAAGCCAACAUUUUGCAGGUCUCACCUUGUUGAUGUUUAGGUGAGUGUUAAUACAAAUCUUGCCCACUCUUUUUAAAGUGGUUCCCUGUGUAGAUUAGAGCGUUAAACCUUCUGCUGUUUUAUAGCUGGAGUCAUUCUAUUUGGGGAACCACUUAACUGGCAAAUGCCUUGCUGGGAGCUGCCUCCCAGCACAGUUAUCUUGGCUGAGGACGCGCUGUCUCCCAGCCAGUCUAGCGCAGCCAGCAGAACUAAAUAUAGAGCAAGCGCUCUAACGUGCUGGAGGACAAAACUUCCAGCACUGCGAGGAGGUGAUCAAGUUUGGGUUAAAAUCUACUAAGAAUGGUUUCUUACCUUUGCCUUGUGUUGCGGUUUCCUACCUUGUAAGUCUGUGUUUUAGGCCUUUCCUUGGACUUGUCUUAAAGACAGCUCCAACAGGCUAUGUGAGGGCAGGAAGGGGUUGGGGGUGCAGCUGCUCCAAAUGCUGCUCCCGGAGGCUGCUGCUGCCUGCUGAUCUG